UCAGCCUGCUCUCCCGCCCCUCCGGCAGCCAUGAGGUCCUCUGUGUCUCGGCGGACAUAUGCCACCAAAGGGGGCUUCAGCUCCAACUCCGCCAGCGGAGGGGGCGGGUCCCGGACCCACACCAGUUUCAGCUCCGUGGCAGUGUCCAGGAGCAGUGGCAGCAGCGGGGGGACCCGCGGAUGUGGGGUCCGUGGCGGCCCCAGCACGUGUGGCUUUGGCAGCCGGAGCCUUUACAACCUAGGGGGCAGCAAGAGCAUCUCGGUCAGCAUGGCCGGAGGGGCCUCCUCCGGGCGGGCUCUGGGAGGCUUUGGUGGUGGGGCGUUUGCGGGCCUGGGGGCCGGCCGGCAGAUGUUCGGGCCUGCCUGUCCUCCCGGCGGGAUCCAGGAGGUCACCAUCAAUCAGAGCCUGCUGACCCCCCUCAACGUGGAGAUCGACCCCGAGAUCCAGCGUGUACGCACCCAGGAACGAGAGCAGAUCAAGACCCUCAACAAUAAGUUUGCCUCCUUUAUUGACAAGGUGCGGUUUCUGGAGCAGCAGAACAAGGUGCUGGAGACCAAGUGGGCGCUGUUGCAGGAGCAGGGCCAGAACUCGGGUGUCACCAGGAACAACCUGGAGCCUCUCUUUGAGACCUAUCUGAGCAACCUGCGGAGGCAGUUGGAUGGCUUCCAGAGUGAGCGGGGGAGGCUGGACUCAGAGUUGAGGAGCGUGCAGGAUCUCGUCGAGGACUUCAAGAGCAAGUACGAGGAUGAAAUCAACAAGCGUACCGCCGCGGAGAAUGAGUUUGUGGUGCUCAAGAAGGAUGUGGACGCCGCGUACAUGGGCAGAAUGGACCUGCAUGGCAGAGUGGACAACUUGACCCAGGAGAUUGGCUUCCUGCAGCAACUCUACGAAAUGGAGCUGGGCCAAGUGCAGACACAUGUGUCUGACACCAAUGUCGUCCUGUCCAUGGACAACAACCGCAGCCUUGACCUGGACAGCAUCAUUGCCGAGGUCAAGGCCCAGUAUGAGCUGAUUGCCCAGAAGAGCCGGGCUGAGGCCGAGACCUGGUACCAGACCAAGUACGAGGAGCUGCAGGUGACGGCUGGGAAGCAUGGGGACAACCUGCGGGACACCAAGAACGAGAUCGCCGAGCUCACCCGCACUGUCCAGAGGCUGCAGGGGGAGGUGGAUGCAGCCAGGAAGCAGUGUCAGCAGCUGCAGACAGGCAUCGCGGAAGCAGAGCAGCGUGGGGACCUGGCGCUCAAGGAUGCGCAGAAGAAGCUUGGGGAUCUGGACGUGGCCCUGCACCAGGCCAAGGAGGACCUGGCCCGGCUGCUGCGCGACUACCAGGCGCUGAUGAACGUGAAGCUGGCCCUGGACGUGGAGAUCGCCACCUACCGGACCCUCCUGGAGGGCGAGGAGAGCAGGAUGUCUGGAGAACAUCCCAGCGCAGUCAGCAUCUCGGUGACUGGCAAUUCCACCACUGUGUGCGGAGGCGGCGUGGCUGGCUUUGGGGGUGGCAUCUCCCUGGGCGGGAGUCGGGGGACCGGCAAGAGUGGAUCCAGCACGAAUGUGGGCUACAGCUCUGUCAAGGGCGGCUCUGGGGGCACCUCCAUCCUGAGGAAGACCACCACGGUCAAGACGUCCAGCCGGAGAUACUAGCCGCUGAGCCUUGCAAGCUGGGGGCUCUGCAGCCCUCUCCUUCCGACCUCUGCUGCCCCCAGCCCUCUCCUCCGCCCCUCCCCCAGCCUUUUCAGGAGCAG